AUGCAACCAUUGGAACAGCGGCCAAAAACGUUUCCAUCCCCUUACAUAGACCUACAUACAACUCCAUUUCCUGCUCCAACGGCGCCUCCAACAUACUACUGCACGGGCUCCAAAUUCGGUGUUCGGGGUGAAAAGAAGGCUGUGCUAGUUGGCAUCAACUAUUUCAACAAACGUGGACAGCUGCGCGGCUGUGUUGACGACGUCAAGAACAUGGCUGCAUAUCUCAACCUUUGUUUCGGAUAUGACAAAAAAGAUAUGGUCAUAUUGACUGACGACCAGCGGCGCGAGAUUUCCAAACCGACAAAGAUCAAUAUACUGAGGGCAAUAACCUGGUUGGUCAAGGAUGCUAAACCUGGAGAUUCUUUGAUCUUUUAUUACAGCGGUCAUGGUCGGUGUUCAGCACUCGAUGAAAAUGAGGAUAUCUGUCCUUUGGAUUUCAAUACUGCUGGUUUUAUUACCAGUGAUGAAUGCCAGCAAAUUAUGACGAGGGCGUUAUCCCCGGGCGUCAGUCUCUCAAUCAUUCUUGACACGCGCCAUCCGGAAAAUUUCUUCGUGCCCGGAUGA